AUAUUCAAUAACUUCAGCACUGGUCUAGGUAAGCGCGUCCAAAACAUACUGAAAUACCUAUACCCUGUACCGAGGGAGGACAGUACGCGAGUGAUGACAUUCAGCAACGAUAGCGACUUCAUAUCAUAUAGGCAUCACAACUUUAAGAAGUCCGGUAAAGACGUGGAGUUGGCCGAAAUCGGCCCACGCAUGGAAAUGAGAGGUCAGUAG